UAAACACUCUCUCUAUGUCUCAUUUUUUUCCCAAACUCUAAAAUCUCUUUCUUUCAUUUCCUCUCUUCUCUUACAUAAUAACAAUAAUAAUGUCACCAACUAAUCACCAAUCUCAAAUUUCUUCUACUAACAAUAACCACACCCAACCCAACCCCCCUUCCUCCACCACCACCACCAACAACAACAAGCGCGUUCGACCAUCCGAUUCAAUCUACCGCGGCGUCAGAAUGCGAGCUUGGGGCAAAUGGGUCUCGGAAAUCCGUGAGCCACGCAAGAAAUCCCGCAUUUGGCUCGGUACUUUCCCUACCCCUGAAAUGGCCGCUAGAGCCCACGACGUUGCCGCUUUGUCCAUUAAAGGUAACUCCGCCAUUCUUAACUUCCCUGAACUCGCUCACUCUCUUCCUCGUCCUGUCUCCUUCGCCCCUCGUGACAUUCAAGCCGCUGCUUCUAAAGCCGCCCACAUGGACUUCAACUUCCAUUACUCUUCUACUUCCUCUUCAUCUGUUUCCACUUCUUUAUCUCCCUCUUCCCCUGAAGACGACGAGGACGGCCACGAACUCAGCGAGAUAGUUAAACUCCCUACUCUCGCUUCUUCCAACUACGACGAUCACGAAUUCGUUCUCAUGGACUCCACCGAGGGAUGGGUCUACCCACCACCUUGGUUACGAACCAUGGAAGAUUAUUAUUACGGCUACCAUACCAACAAUAUCAACGAUGAAUUGGGAAUAAUUGGUGAUGAUGAUCAUCAUAGUAAUUUGUCGUGGGAUUAUUAACUUUCAUUUUAUUAAUUUUUGGUUUAUCUACACUGUAAAUGUAAAUCAAAAAACAUGUUAAGGGUGGGAGGGAUUUGAUUCAGCUAAGCUUUGAUUCGUUUUUGUUUCUGGGUGGUUCCACAGAUUUGUUCUUUGUAUGUGUUAGUAAUUGGGCUUUGGUUGGAAGUGUGUUUGUUGAAAUAUCUCGUGUAAAUCUCUUUUCAUUAAUGCACUUAACUGCUUUGUGGUCCUUUUUGCUUAAA